CGCUCCCAACUCCCCGCUCCCAGCUCCCUGCUCCCAGCUCCCUGCUCCCAGCUCCCUGCUCCCCGCUCCCAGCUCCCUGCUCCCCGCUCCCAACUCCCCGCUCCCAGCUGCCCGCUCCCAGCUGCGGCGGGGUUGGGAUGCGAGCGCUGGGGCCGCAGAGCUCGCUGGCUCUGGGGGUCUUCGUGUCCCUCCUGUGCCCCCCCCCAGCCCCGGCUGAGACCUACACGGCCAUGGCCAGCGUCCGCCGGGCUCUGGGCAGCGAGGGUCGCCUGCUGCGCCGCCUGCGAGCCUACCUGGGGCAGGAGAGCGCCCGGCUGCACCGCCUGGCCAGGUUCUAUGAGAAGGUCCAGGCCCUGCACCAGCACCCCGAGGCCUCAGUGGACAACCCCUUGCUGGCCUUCAGCCUCAUCAAGCGUCUUCACUCCGACUGGGCCAAUGUUGUCUACAGUGAGGAGGCCUCUGAGAACAGCCAGGCGCUCCAGGAGGGCUUCCAGGAGGUGGAAGAGGAACUGCCUGGGGCUGAGGACCUGGCCGGGGCCGCUCGGGCGCUGAUGCGGCUGCAGGAUGUCUACGGCCUGAGCGUCAAGGGCAUGGCCCAGGGCAGCUUCCAGCCAGCUGCCUCCGGCUGCCCUCCGCUCUACAGCCCCGAGCACACAGCUGCCCUCACUGCCGACGACUGCUUCCACGUGGGCAAGGUGGCCUAUGACACAGGUGACUUCUACCACUCCAUCCCCUGGCUGGAGGAGGCUGUUGGUCGCUUCCGCCGGUCCCGCGGCAGCUGGCAGCCGGAGGAGGGCAGCAGCCUGCAGGCUGCCCUGGACCAUCUUGCCUUCGCCUACUUCAGGGCUGGAAACAUCUCCCAUGCCCUGAGCCUCUCCAAGGAGUUCCUCCACUACGAGCCCAGCAACCAGCGGCUGGCGAGGAACGUGGCCAAGUACCAGGAGCUGCUGGCGCUGGGGCGGGCGGCCGAGGCCGUGCCCCUGCGGCGCCCCAACGGCACCCAGCUGCGGAGCCGCGAUGCCUACGAGGAGCUGUGCCAGCGCCCCGGGGGGCAGCCGUACCUGGAGCGGCUCCCGCGGCUCAGCUGCUCCUACGAGACCAACGGCAGCCCCUACCUGCUGCUGCAGCCUGCCAAGAAGGAGCUGGUGCAGGCCCAGCCCCACGUGGCUCUGUACCACGACUUCAUCAGUGACAGCGAGGCCGAGACCAUCAAGGGGCUGGCAGGGCCUUGGCUGCAGAGGUCUGUGGUGGCAUCGGGGGAGCAGCAGCAGGAAGCUGAGUACCGAAUAAGCAAAAGCGCCUGGCUGAAGGCCUCGCUGGACCCGGUGCUGGCGGCGCUGGAGAGCCGAAUCGCUGCCCUGACCGGGCUGGACCUGCGCCCGCCCUACGCAGAGCACCUGCAGGUGGUCAACUACGGCCUGGGAGGCCACUACGAGCCACACUUCGACCACGCCACGUCCCUGAAGAGUCCCCUGUACAGGAUGAAGUCAGGCAACAGGAUUGCCACCGUCAUGAUCUACCUGAGCUCGGUGCAGGCUGGAGGCUCCACGGCCUUUAUCUAUGCCAACUUCAGUGUGCCCGUGGUGAAGAACGCAGCUCUCUUCUGGUGGAACCUGCGUCGGAGCGGGGCCGGCGAUGGGGACACUCUGCACGGAGCCUGCCCGGUCCUGGCAGGGGACAAGUGGGUGGCCAACAAAUGGAUCCAUGAGCACGGGCAGGAGUUUCGGCGCCCCUGCGGAGCUGACCCGAGCGACUGAGCCCACCCUGGUGGCGCUGAGCCCACCCGUGGGGGGCAGAACUCGCCCAUGGGGGGGGCAGAGCCCACCUGUGGGUGGCAGAGCCCUCCCGUGGGGGGCAGAGCCCACCUGUGGGUGGCAGAGCCCUCCCGUGGGGGGCAGAGCCCUCUCGCAGAGGACUGAGCUCUGCUCUGGGAGACGGAGCUCACCCGUGGGGGACUGAGCCCAUCCGUGGAGGCGCUGACGCCACCUGUGGGGGACUGAGCCCACCCGUGGGGGACAGAACACACUCCUGGGGGACUGAGCUCAUCCGUGGGUAGCAGAGCCCACGCGUGGGGGACAGAGCGGCGCUGGUCCAGCGUGUCCCCAGGGCUGAUGCCACGGGGAGGUGAGGAGGUGGCCGUGACCUGCGAUGCCCUCUGGGGCUGGUGCCACCUGCUGAGCCCUGGCUGAAGGCAGCCACAAUAAAGUGACCCUCAGCUGGA